AUGGGGGAUGCAUGUUUCUCGACACAGCUCAUUGACGGUGAUGGGGUCUUCAAUGUUUCUGGAUUGGAUCAUUUCAUGAAGUUCAAUUUGGUCACAAACUACCAAAGGUAUAUAUGGUUAGCGAAGGCCCAAAACAUUGAACCAUGCACCCUUGUAAUGGAUUUGGAAGGAACUGAUGGAAGAGAGAGGGGAGAGGAUGACACAGCCUUUGAGAAGCAAAGUGCGUUGUUUGCUUUGGCUGUUUCGGAUAUUGUGCUUAUCAAUAUUCCACGUAAAACAACAUUAUUAUUUGUAAUUCGUGACAAAUCAAAGAUUUGGGAUGCUGUUCCUAAACCCCAUGCCCAUAAAGAAACUCCACUCAGUGAAUUUUUCAAUGUAGAAGUUAUGGCUUUAUCAAGUUAUGAGGAAAAAGAAGAGUUAUUCAAGGAGCAGGUUUCCCAUUUAAGAGAGAGAUUUCAGCAUUCGAUUGCUCCUGGUGGACUUGCUGGAGAUCGCCGUGUUGUUGUCCCAGCUUCAGGUUUUUCUUUUAGUUCACAGCAGUUUUGGAAGGUCAUUAAGGAGAACAAAGACCUUGAUCUACCCGCUCAUAAAGUUAUGGUGGCUACUGAAUGGCAACAAGUUGAAGAGGCCGUUCAACAUGACUAUGUACCUGGGUUUGGGAAAAAACUCAGCAGCCUUCUUGACAGAUGUUUAUCUGAGUGA